AAAACUUUGUUCGCUCUCUCGGUCGUCUUCUGUUCCCGUUUUCGCUCGUUAAAAAUGCUGAAAAUAUCCAUAAUAAUUGUAAAACUAAUGUGAAAUGUGUGUAUGAGUGCUGCAGGCAGUGUCUGAUGGUGAAAUAUAAUUGAAUUUCCAAAGCGCAAAUGCCAGAAAGUGUGAAAAUCCAAAUGGUGCUGCAAACCUGAUUUGUGUAAAGAAGAAGCAGGCAUUUUUCAUCGUCGUAAAAAUACAUACAUGCAGACACAUGCACGCACACAGCCAUAAAUCUAUAGCUGUGUGUGUAUAUGCGAAACGCGCGGGCGCGAAAGAGAGCAAGAGCGUGAACGAGAGCAAUAGUAGUAGUCGGUAUUUGUAAAUGUUCGUGUGUUCUGGUGUUGUUUUGUGAGAGAGGCGCGCGGCGAAUGUGAAAGCCAAAGCAAAAACCAAGAAAUAAGUGAACGAAAAUAAAAACGAAAAAUCGCCGUUCGUCGUCCCCCUAUCGUCUCUGUCCCCUGUCAAACUCUUUGUGUGUUCUGUGAUUGUUUCGUGCAUGUUUGGCACACCGAAAAAGGGUGUAUAAAAUCGGCCUAAAUUGGAUAUAGGAUAUAUAUUAAAUGCAGCCCCUCUGCCUGUUCUGAUCAAAAGAUUGAAGAAAACUCUGCCAAAUAGCAGAGACACAAACUUGUUUGCGCCAGUGUGUGUGAGUUCGUUUGUUGGUAUAGUUUUUGUGAAGGAAUGGCAAUGAUGUAGUAGACCAGAGCUGAUGAUGAUCCGAUCCCGAUAAUGAUGAUGACGGAAUGAUGGUGAUAAUGAGCAUGAUGAGGCCGCAGGGGCAGACCCAGAACGCGGGCUUCUGCCACAGCAACAGCUACAGCCAGCGCUAGCAACAACAGCAGCAGAGAAGUUAAGGCGAAGUUUUUCGCGGAAAGUACAGCAACACAGCAAUGUGGAAAAUUGUAAAUACUACGAAGAAGAGCAAAAACGGAGAACGCAGAAAAACUAAACGCGCAAAAAGAAGAAUUUUCUCUCACUCUCCUUCUCCUGUCACCCAGCCUUAAAGGCCAAAAAGAGCUAGCGAGAGAGAGAGAUAGAGACAGAGCAACAGCAGCAAAAAAAAACUGUCGUAAAAAGGCAGUCAUAAAGGAAAAACCCACCACUUAAUAGUGGCCCACAACAACAACAUCACCCAGCAACAACAACUUGUGUGGGAGCCAGGAAAGCACAGUGCCGCCAACCUGCUCCGAUAUCCAAGUGAUACCCGCAGCGUAGCCCCCAACAAUCGAAGGCAAAUGCAACAAACAAGCGGAAAAACAACUCUAUUAUGGGCCGCUCCAAGUUUCCCGGAAAACCCUCCAAGUCGAUCAAUCGGAAGCGGAUAAGUGUCCUGCAAUUGGAGGAAGAUGCUGCUGCUACAGAAGCAGCCACGGAGCAACAGCAGCAGCAGUCGCAACAGCAGCAGAGUGGACAGAGUGCUGGAUCGGCGGCUGGACGGGAGAAGGGUAACAAUUGUGAUAACGACGAGGAUGACAAUGCCCCAGGCGGUGCCUCCAUCAGUGGUGCAGGCAGCGGAGGUGGCAGUUCCUCCACGAGUACUGGAGCCACAAGCAGUAACAGUGGCGGUGGCAGCAAUGGUUCGACAGGAGGAACCACCAAUGGCAGCGGUGUCAAUGGCAGCGGCGGUGCAGGGACACAUCACAAGAGUGCAAGCACAGAGCACGCUGAAGAUCUCCAGGACGAGGAGGAUGAGGACGAUGACAGUGCCAGUACCAGUGGCAGUCACAAUGGCGAAAAGAGGACGCCAGCAGGCCCCACUGUUGCCGGUCCCUUUGUGGUCAGCAGUGCAUUGCUGCAGCGUGCCCGAAAGGGGGGAAACAAAAAGUUUAAGAACUUGAAUCUGGCCCGAGGCGAGGUGAUGCUGCCCUCAACAUCGAAACUGAAGCAGCAGCAGCAACAACAAUUGCAACUUAAUUGCCCCGAUGCAUCCGCUGUAUCCGCCUCCGCCUCCGCCUCUGCCUUAGCCUCUGCCAGCUCUGUGCCCGUCGCCUCCUCCUGCUCACCUUCCUCUGCUGUGGCAGCGUCUCCCCCAGCGACAUUGCCACCUGGUGGCGUCUCACCUAGUGGAGGGGCAGCAGCAGCAGCAGCAGCAGUAGGAGACGUAGGAGGAGGAGGAGUUGGGAACGCCAGGUCUGUGGUGGAAUCGGUCGAAGAUGUUGCAUUGAAGCGCAGGUUGAGCGAAAUGCCCACCGAAGGAGGCCCAGCCACAGAGGCGGCCACUGCUGCUGCAACAGCAGCUGGAAAUGGAGCAGCAGCGACAGCAGGAUCUGCAGGCAGUCCGAAAUCAAACACAGCUGCAGCCACAGCGACAGCGACAGCUCCUGCACCUCCCAUCAAACAAAAGAAAACGGUGACAUUCAGAAAUGUCCUCGAGACGAGCGAUGACAAAUCGGUGGUAAAGCGAUUCUACAAUCCGGAUAAUCGCACGCCCCUCGUCUCGAUAAUGAAGAAGGAUUCACUGAACCGCACCAUGGCCUACUCCCGCAGCGGCGAGUGCAUCGUGCGUCCCUCCAUUCUCUCCAAGAUACUCAAUGGGAACUCGAACAUUGACAAACUGAAUUCCCUCAAGUUUCGAUCGGCCCCGCCAGCAGGCCAGGAGUCUGCAGUAGGAGGAGGCUCCUCCAGCACAAAUGUAUUUGGUUUGUCGCGUGCCUUUGGGGCGCCCAUGGAGGAGGAUGAGGGCGAGUCGGGCGGCGUCACAUUUCGGCGGAAUGAGUCUGAGGAUGAGGACAUGGAUGACGAUGAGGCAAGCGAUGAUGCCGACGAGCAGCUGGACGAGGAUGAUGGGCAGGAGCAGGACAACGAUGAGGCUGCCUCGGAGGAGAAGAGUGCCAGCGAGGAGAUGCCCGAAAAGGAUGGCACCUCCUCCUCUUCCUCCUCAUCCGAGGAGAAGCAACUUGUGCUGGAUUCACACUUUGUCCUGCCCAAGCGCAGCACCCGCUCCUCGAGAAUCAUCAAGCCCAACAAGCGGCUGCUCGAGGAGGGUGCCAUCAGCAGGAAUGCCACGCCCAAAGCCAAGCCCAAGAAUUACUUUGGCCUGGAUGCAGAAACCUCUUUGUCCGCCUCUAGGAAGGAGACAUUUCCCAGCUUUGGGGGCCUGAAGCUCAAUAGCAGCAGCAGCGGAGGUAGUAGCGGAGCCAGCAGCAGCUUUGUGCUCCGCCAGCCGCGUCUUCAGUUCCAGAUGGACACAAAACCGACAGCAGCCUUUGGUGCCACAUCCCCGCACAGUGCCAUUUCGCCAACAGGAGGACUGUCCUUUGGCACACUCGCAUCGACAGGCGCUCCAACGACCUGCGCUGUGUGCUGCACAGCUGUCAGCAGCAAGGAGGUGGCACAGGAGCGCAAAUACGGGAUUGUCGCCUGCGAUGUGUGCCGCAAAUUCAUCUCAAAGAUGACCAAGAAAUCCAUAUCGGCCAACGCGAGCUCCAGUGCAUCCUCCACUUCGGCUAGUGCCUCCACGCAGCUGCAGUGCAAGGGAACAGAUGGAACCGCCUGCAGCAUACAUUCGCCGAAGAGCAGCUUGCUGAAGAACUUUAAGAAGCUCUACAAGGAACGAUGCCCCGCCUGCUGGCUGAAGAAGUGCCUAGUGUCGUUCCAGCUGCCGGCGGCGCACAGGAGUCGAUUGGCCGCCAUUCUGCCAGCGAAUAUGGCGCCCAGGGAGGAGAAAUCUGCAACGGAAUUGCUAUCCCCCACGGGAGUAGGAGGAGGUGUAGCAAGUUUGCGCUUCACACCCAGCAGUUCCACUGGCAGCAGCGGAUCCUCCAGCUCCAGCUCAUCUGCGACGGCGACGGCAACAUCCUCUGUCAAGUGGAAAUCAAAUGCAGAUACCACAUCUGCGCCAGUGUCUGCGAUGACGUCGAUCAAGUCGAAUCCUUUGGCGGAGAACAAUGUGACCUUUGGCAGCAUGCCACUCCUGCGACCCGCCAUUCUCGAGAAGCCUUUGUUCCUGAAGAUUAACAAUGCGACGGAUCAAAAGGUGACCUCCACAGAUGCGGAUAAGCCUGCAACAAGUCCCAAUCCAGAGGCAAAGGCCACGCGAAAGUCAAGCAAACAGGAGAAGGAAAAGGAGAAGGCCAGGGACUUGGAGAGCGAGGAAACGCCUGCACCAGAAGCCGCUCAAAGGGAAGAACAGCAGCAGCAGCCAGAACAGGAGGCCACUGGAACUGCAGGCCAAACAGAAGAAGCAGCAGGAGGGGACACACUCAAGAGGCAAAGGAUCGAUCUGAAGGGUCCACGGGUGAAGCAUGUCUGCCGCAGUGCCUCCAUAGUUCUGGGCCAGCCACUGGCAACUUUUGGCGAGGAUCAGGAGGGGGAGCAGCAGCAGCAGCAACAGAACGAAGCUCCUGCAGUGCCAACAUCUUCGGGAGCAGCUGCAGACAAGGCAGCUCCUAUGUUGACGGAUGAAAAUGAUAAUUGUGCCAGCUGCACGACAACGGGAACGGGAGCAGCGACAACAGCAGCAACAGCAACGGCAACGUCUCCCGCCAGUGAAUAUACCAAGGCCAAGAAUACUCAAACAGAGGCUAAGAAGGGAGGCAUCAAAGUCACAACUAGAACCUCUUCCGUCUCCAGCCUGAAGCCAAGGAACGGAGACAUCAUCACAGGCGGCACCAACAGCAGCAGCAGCCAACAGUCGUCGGUGAUGCCAGCAGCUGGCGUUGGAUCAAGCAGAAGGACAAAGGAACGCCAGCAGCAGCAGCAACAGCUGCAGCGGACACUCAUCUCGAUAGACUUCUGGGAGAACUACGAUCCAGCGGAGGUAUGUCAGACGGGCUUCGGACUGAUUGUCACGGAGACUGUGGCCCAGCGGGCGCUGUGCUUCCUGUGCGGAUCCACGGGUCUGGAUCCGCUGAUCUUUUGUGCCUGCUGCUGUGAGCCGUAUCAUCAGUAUUGCGUGCAGGAUGAGUACAAUCUGAAGCACAGCUCCUUCGAGGACACAACGCUGAUGAACAGCCUGCUGGAGACGUCGCUGAGUGCGGCCCACUCGUCGCUCAAUCAGCUGACGCAGCGCCUCAAUUGGCUGUGCCCGCGCUGCACCGUGUGCUACACCUGCAACAUGUCCUCGGGCUCGAAGGUGAGGUGCCAAAAGUGCCAGAAAAAUUACCACAGCACAUGCCUGGGCACCAGCAAGCGGCUGCUCGGAGCGGACAGGCCACUCAUCUGCGUUAACUGCCUGAAGUGCAAGUCAUGCAGCACAACGAAAGUCUCGAAAUUUGUGGGCAACCUGCCCAUGUGCACGGGCUGCUUUAAGCUGCGAAAAAAAGGCAACUACUGCCCGAUCUGCCAGAAGUGCUACGACGACAAUGACUUUGAUCUGAAGAUGAUGGAGUGCGGCGACUGCAACCAGUGGGUGCACUCCAAGUGCGAGGGCCUCAGCGACGAGCAGUACAAUCUGCUCAGCACGCUGCCCGAAUCGAUUGAGUUCAUUUGCAAGAAGUGCGCCCGCCGCUCGGACAAUUCGCGCCUGAAGGCCGACGAGUGGCGGCAGGCGGUCAUGGAGGAGUUCAAGGCCAGUCUGUACAGUGUCCUGAAGCUGCUCAGUAAAUCGCGACAGGCGUGCGCACUCCUCAAGCUCAGUCCCAGGAAGAAGCUGCGCUGCACGUGCGGAGCGGCGGGUCAGCAGGGCAAACUGCAGCCGAAGGCUUUGCAGUUUAGCAGCAGCAGCUCGGACAAUGGCCUCGGCAGCGACGGGGAGUCGCAGAACAGCGACGAUGUCUACGAGUUCAAGGAGCAGUCGAGGAAUAUAAAUCUGCACAACUCCAAGGGCAGAUCAGCAUCCUCGUCAAAGUCCUGCUCGUGCCAGCAGCAGCAGCAGCAGCCGCUGUCGCAGUCCUUCAGCCUGGUGGACAUCAAGCAGAAGAUUGCGGGCAAUGCGUACGUCUCGCUGGCGGAAUUCAACUACGACAUGAGCCAGGUGAUACAGCAGAGCCACUGCGACGAGCUGGACAUUGCCUACAAGGAGCUGCUGUGCGAGCAGUUCCCCUGGUUCCAGAACGAGACGAAGGCCUGCACGGAUGCCCUCGAGGAGGACAUGUUCGAGUCGAGCCGCUACGAGGAUCAACUGCAGAUGCAGCAGCAGCAACAGGAGACGGGCCCCUGUUCCUCCUCCUCCGUGUACGCAGAGCACUCGUCCUCGUCGCAGAUGGUGCGCUCGGGUGUGCUGGACAUACCCCUCGAGGAGGUGGACGAUCUCGGCAGCGGUUGCGGCAUCAAAAUGCGCCUGGACACGCGCGUCUGCCUGUUUUGCCGCAAGAGCGGUGAAGGUCUCUCGGGCGAGGAGGCCCGACUGCUGUACUGCGGCCACGACUGUUGGGUGCACACAAACUGCGCCAUGUGGUCCGCCGAGGUUUUCGAGGAGAUUGAUGGCUCGCUGCAGAAUGUCCACAGUGCUGUGGCCCGCGGGCGGAUGAUCAAGUGCACCGUUUGCGGUAAUCGCGGCGCCACCGUUGGCUGCAAUGUGCGCUCCUGCGGCGAGCAUUAUCACUAUCCCUGUGCGAGGAGCAUCGAGUGCGCCUUCCUCACGGACAAGUCCAUGUACUGUCCGACGCAUGCGAGGAAUGGCAAUGCCCUCCGGGCCAAUGGCUCGCCCAGCGUCACGUACGAGUCCAACUUUGAGGUCUCCCGCCCCGUCUAUGUGGAGCUGGAUCGCAAGCGGAAGAAGCUGAUUGAACCGUCGAAGGUGCAGUUCCACAUUGGAUCUCUGGAGGUGCGGCAGCUUGGCUCGAUUGUGCCGCGUUUCUCCGACUCCUACGAGGCUGUGGUGCCCAUCAAUUUCCUGUGCAGCCGCCUCUACUGGUCCUCCAAGGAACCCUGGAAGAUUGUCGAGUACACGGUGCGCACCAUCAUCCAGAACAGCUGCUCUUCGACCCUCCAGGCGCUGGAUGUGGGACGCAACUACACGGUGGAUCACACGAAUCCCAAUGGCCAAGUUGUGCAGCUGGGACUGGCGCAAAUCGCACGCUGGCACAGCAGUCUGGCCUCGAGGAGUGACCUGCUGGCAGCCACAGACGGCGCAGACGGUUGGAGCGAGUAUCCCCAUCCACAUCCCAAUUCGUGUGUCCCACCGGAUGAGAAUACGGAGGAGGAGCCGCAACAGAAUGCUGAUUUGUUGCCGCCAGAGAUCAAGGAUGCCAUAUUCGAGGAUCUGCCGCACGAGCUGCUCGACGGCAUCUCCAUGCUGGACAUUUUCAUGUACGAGGAUCUGGCGGACAAGUCCGAUCUGUUUGCCAUCAGCGAACAGUCUAAGGACGGCACCAGCGCGGCACAGGGUGCGCCAGCGCAGCCACAUCCCAUCUGCGACGAGGACACGCGCAACUCGAACACCAGUCUGGGUGGCGGCGGCGGCGGCGGUGGCAACUGCUGGCCCGCCAGCAAUCCCGUGGAGGAUGCCAUGCUCUGCGCUGCCGCCCGCAGCUCCGCCCAGGUGCAGGUGCUCAAGACGCGCGCCUGGCCCAAGCUGGACGGCAACAGUGUGGCGGCCAUUAAGCGGCGCAAACUCUCCAAGAACCUGGCCGAGGGCGUGCUGCUCAGCCUGAGCCAGCAGCAGCGUUCCAAGAAGGAAAUGGCAACCGUGGCGGGUGUCUCACGUCGCCAGUCGAUCAGCGAGGAGGCCUCCACAUCGACGAUGCGCAGCAAGAGCUUCACAUGGAGCGCGGCCAAGCGUUACUUUGAAAAGUCUGGCGGCCAGGAGGCCGGCGGCAGCAGGGAGGAGCCCGCAAAGAUGCGCAUCAUGCAGAUGGACGGCGUGGACGAUUCCAUUACGGAAUUCCGUAUAAUCGGCGGCGAUGGAAACCUGUCGACGGCGCAGUUUACGGGGCAGGUGAAGUGCGAUCGGUGCCAGUGCACGUACCGCAACUACGACUCCUUCCAGCGGCAUUUGCACAACUGCGAGCAGAUGUCCGCCAGCGAAUCGGAGUCGGAGCAUGCCCACGCCCAGCAGCUAAGCGCCGAGAGCCUCAACGAGCUGCAGAAGCAGGCCCUGGCCGGUGCCACGCUCGGAAAUUUGGGCGGAUUCAAUUACCUACAGACGACAUCCUUCCCGCAGGUGCAGAGUCUGGGAUCCUUGAGCCAGUUCGGGCUACAGGGAUUGCAGCAGGUUCAGCUGCAGCCGCAGUCGCUGGGCAACGGCUUCUUCCUGUCGUCGCAGCCGACGAACCACCAGGCGACGAGCAACGGAACGGACGAGCUGCAGAUCUAUGCCAACUCCCUGCAGAAUCUGGCCGCCAAUCUGGGCGGCGGAUUCACGCUGUCGCAGCCCCAAGUGACGACACAGCAGCAGCCACAACUCAUUGCGGUGUCCACCAAUCCGGAUGGCACACAGCAGUUCAUUCAGCUGCCGCAAGCGACAACGGCGCCGGCUGCGACCUACCAGACGCUGCAGGCCACCAACUCGGACAAGAAGAUUGUUCUGCCGCUGAAUGGUGCGGGCAAACCGCUCAAAACUGUGGCCACCAAGGCCGGCCAGCAGGCGACGGCUGCGGCCAAGCAGAAGCAACUCAAGUCCGGCGGUGGCCAUCACCAGGUGAAGCCCAUUCAGGCCAAGUUACAGCCACAACCGCAGCAACAGCACCACCAAGUGCACCAUCAGCAGCAGCAGCAGCAUCAUCCAGGGAUUACAGUUUCCAGCAACGGACAGCUGCUGGGGCAGGGCAUGCUGCAGCCGCAGCUGCUCUUCCAGAGCAAUGCCCAGCAGCAGCAUCCGCAGCUGAUCCUCCCGCAGCACACACAGCCGCAGAACAUAAUCUCCUUUGUGACGGGCGACGGCAGCCAGGGCCAGCCACUUCAGUACAUCUCGAUACCGACGACGAACGACUUUAAGCCCCAGCAACAGGCGGCGCCCACAUUCCUGACUGCAGCACCGGGUGGCGGGGCCACCACCACCUACCUGCAGACAGAUGCUAGCGGAAACCUCGUGCUAACAACAGCGCCCUCCAACUCGGGUCUGCAGAUGCUGCAGGCGCAGCCGCAGGUGAUUGGAACGCUCAUCCAGCCGCAGACGCUGCAACUGGCCACAACAUCGGCGGGCGGAGAUCCAUCGAAUGGCAUUCAGAAUGGAUCGAAUGUGCAGCAGCCACUUAUCCUUGGGGGAGCGACUGGCGGCGGUGCGACGGGACUGGAGUUUGCCACUGGCGGACCGCAGGUCAUACUGGCCACGCAGCCCAUGUACUACGGCCUCGAGACGAUUGUCCAGAACACGGUGAUGUCCUCGCAGCAAUUUGUGUCCACGGCCAUGCCUGGUGUACUCAGCCAGAAUGCCAGCUUCUCGGCCACCACAACGCAGGUGUUCCAGGCGAGCAAAAUCGAACCGAUUGUGGAUCUGCCCGCUGGCUAUGUGGUGCUCAACAAUGCGGCAGAUGGCAGUGGUUCGGGUGCCACAUUCCUCAAUGCCGCCAGUGUGAUCCAGCAGCAACAGCAGCAGAGCCAGGAGGAGCUGCUGCAGAAUGCCAACUUUCAGUUCCAGACUGUGCCUCACUCAUCCGCGUCUACGGAUUACUCCUCUGCGCCACUGGUGGUCACCGCGAAGAUUCCACCCGUUACGCAGGUGAAGCGAGCGACGAAUUCAAAGGCCAACAACAUGUCCAACGGUGGGGGAGUGGGCAAGGUGCCGCCACAGCCGCAGGUCGUGAACAAGGUGCUGCCCACCAGCAUAGCCACACAGCAGGCACAGCAUCAGCAGCAACUGAAGCAAGCAGCGGCGGCAGCAGCAGGCAAGCAGCAGCAACAGGGCGCAGGAACUCAGGGGCAGAUUAAGAGCAAGGCCACGGCGGGAUCCACGUGCGGAGCGCCGCCCAGCAUUGCCUCAAAGCCGCUGCAGAAGAAAACGAAUCUGAUACGACCCAUCCACAAGCUGGAGGUGAAGCCAAAGCUGAUGAAGCCAACGCCCAAGCAACAGCAGCAGCAGCAGCAACAAUCGAUCCCUGUCAUGCAACAGCAGCAGCAGCAGCAGCAACAUCCACAGGUGCAGCAACAUCCACAGGUGCAGCAACCGCCUGUGCUUAGCCAAGUGCCCGCCAAGGUAACAAUCAUACAACAGCAGCCGCAUCAGCAGCAGCAUCAGCGGCAACAACAGCAGCCACAGCUGAUGCAACAGCAGCAGCAACCACAGCAGCAGCAGCAACAUCUGAUACAGCAGCCACAGCAGCAGCAGCAGCAGCAGAUAAUCAUCCAGCAGCUGCCGCAGCAAUCACAGCCAGCGUUGCCCAUCAUCACCAUUGCCGAGGCGCCAGCAACAAUGUCCGCGCAAUUUGUGAUGGACACCCAAGUGCUCGAGCAACAGCAGCAGCAGCAGCCGGAGAUGAUCAAUCGAUUGCAGCACUUUGCUGGCAGCAGUUCGCUGCCCACCAAUGUGGUGAAUCCUUUGCAGCUGCAGGCAACGCCCUGCACCAGCAUCACAAUGACGAGCACGAGCACCACCAGCACGACGACCAGCAUCAACUGUCGACCCACAAACCGCGUGUUGCCUAUGCAGCAGCGGCAGGAGCCAGCGCCGCUGCCGAAUGAGCCAGUGGUGUCAUCGCCUACGCCGCCGAAACCCCUCGUGGAACAGCAGGUGAGUCUGCAGAUCUCCAGUGGCAGCGUCUCCAAGUGUUAUGCUCAGAAAGCGUCAGCCUCGCCAUCACCCUUACCGUCGCCUGUGUACGAGGCAGAGCUCAAGGCAGCCACUGUCAUGGAGAGCAUCGCUCUGACCUCAAUGGCCACCAUAAUGGAGGAGGAGGGUGACGACGAGGAGGAGGAAGAGGAGCAGCAGCCCACAGAGUCCAUCUACAUGGAGGGACUGUACGAGAAGCAGCAGCCGGACGUGAAGAGCGAGGUGCUGCUCAUCCAGCAGCAGCAGCAACAGCAGCACCAGCACCAAAUGGAUCAUCAGAUGGUGAGCAAUGGCUAUCUGCUGGAGAAGCAUCGCGGCUACCAGGAGGCUUCGGUGGUGCCCAUGGACACGGAGAAUCCCUACGACGAUGAGGAACUCGAUGAGGAUGAUGACGAGGAUGAUGACUUUAGCCUGAAGAUGGCAACAUCCGCAUGCAACGAUCACGAAAUGUCCGACAGCGAGGAGCCGGCGGUUAAGGAGAAGAUCAGCAAGAUUCUGGACAACCUCACGAACGACGACUGUGCCGAUUCGAUAGCCACCGCCACGACAGUGGAGGUGGAGGCCACAGCGGCCGGCUAUCAGCAGAUGGUAGAGGAUGUACUGGCCACCACUGCCGCCGCCUCGUCAUCUGCCUUUGAGGCAACGGCCGAGGAAACGGCAGCCGUGGAGGCAGCCGCCAGCUACAUCAAUGAAAUGGCCGAAGCCCAUGUCCUCGAGCUGAAGGAGCUGCAAAAUGGCGUCGAACUGGAGCUCAAGAAGCAUCAGCAACAGCAGCAGCACCAGGAGCAGCUACGGCAGGAGACGUCCUCAAAACAGCAGCAGCAACAACAGCAGGAGGAGGAGGAGGAGAAAGCAGCCUCUUCCGUGGCCAUGGAGGUGCCUUCAGCAGCGGCUCCAGAACCCCCACCACCGAUACGCGAGCCGAAAAAGAUCAGCGGACCACAUUUGCUGUACGAGAUCCAGAGCGAGGACGGCUUCACGUACAAGUCCAGCUCCAUAGCCGAGAUCUGGGAGAAGGUCUUCGAGGCGGUGCAGGUGGCCAGGCGGGCACACGGUCUCACGCCGCUGCCCGAGGGACCGCUGGCCGAUAUGGGCGGCAUCCAGAUGAUUGGUCUGAAGACGAAUGCCCUCAAGUACCUCAUCGAGCAGCUGCCGGGUGUGGAGAAGUGCUCCAAGUACACGCCCAAGUACCACAAGCGCAACGGAAAUGUGUCGACGGCGGCAAGUGUCGGUGGACACGCUGUCACAGGAAGUCUCUGCAGUGCAGCAGCGCUGGCCGCCGCUGUUGGGGAUGCUCAAGCGUUGCUGGACUAUGCCUCGGAUCAGGAUGAGUUGCAGGAGAAUGCCUACGAUUGUGCGCGCUGUGAGCCGUACACGAGUCGAUCCGAAUACGACAUGUUCAGCUGGCUGGCAUCCCGUCAUCGCAAGCAGCCCAUUCAGGUGUUUGUGCAGCCCUCGGAUAACGAGCUGGUGCCAAGAAGAGGAACGGGCAGCAAUCUACCCAUGGCCAUGAAGUACCGGACUUUGAAGGAGACCUACAAGGAUUAUGUGGGCGUAUUCCGUUCACAUAUCCAUGGACGUGGUCUCUACUGCACGAAGGACAUUGAAGCGGGUGAAAUGGUCAUUGAGUACGCUGGCGAGCUGAUACGCUCCACGCUGACGGACAAGCGGGAGCGCUACUACGAUAGUCGCGGCAUCGGUUGCUACAUGUUCAAGAUCGAUGACAACCUAGUGGUGGAUGCCACCAUGCGUGGCAAUGCGGCGCGUUUUAUCAAUCACUCCUGUGAGCCGAAUUGCUACUCAAAGGUCGUCGAUAUACUGGGGCAUAAGCACAUCAUUAUCUUUGCGCUGCGUCGCAUUGUGCAGGGUGAGGAGCUGACAUACGAUUACAAGUUCCCAUUUGAGGAUGAGAAAAUACCCUGCUCUUGUGGCUCCAAGCGAUGUCGCAAGUACUUAAAUUAGGGGUCCAUCGAUGGGCCACCCAAAAAUAUAUAAACACACAUAAAAUAUACUCAGUAUCGGAGACAACGGAACAUGAAACAUGAAAACACUUGUAGUUAACGGUUAUUUGCGAUCUAUGUUUGAUCUAUCGUGAUAUACUUUUCGUUUUAUACAACAAACAAACAAACAAACAAUCCCCAACCCACAACUCCCCCCCCCAAUGAAAAAGUCUUAAGUAAAUUAUAAGAGUUAAACAGUUGAUAUUAUUAUAUAUCCUAUAUAUAAUCUAUAACUAUACACACACACACACACACACACGCAUACACAUACACAAAUUAAGCAGCAACGAAUGCAACAUACGAUACAACAAUAAUAAUAUCCGCAAUCCCCACAAACAAGAACAUAUAGAAACUCGAUGAUGUCAGUAUUCAGGGGAAAGGAAUAAUAUAAAUUAGAUAUAAAACUAAAUAGUACUAAUACAAGGGCUCUCCACCCACACAGAUUCUAACAGAAAACACACACACACACACAUACACAUAGGAUAUACAUAUGUAGAGUAGUUGCAUGGGGGGUGGGUGGGGUUUGUGGGAGAAUGCAGCUCGUGAAAUUAGAUGACAAUUGUGGGACGUUUACUUACAGGGGCUUUGUGUUAAAUUGUACAUAUAAAUCACAUACGAAUUAUAAAAAUUAUAAAUAUAUAUCUACAUCUAUAGAGCUAAGAAUUAAACCUAAACAUUAAGCAAACAAAAUAUACAAAAAAAAUGUAUAACCAGAUUUAUGAUUGAAGCUGGAGUGGAGCUGGAGUUGAAGCUGAUGGAAGCAAAGCAAAGCAAACUAUUUUAUGUAGAAGCCCCUCUGCGUAUAUUUAUGUUUUGUUAACAAUUGUCAAUACUAUACUAUACCGCUUCACUCGAUAUAGGGAGAUCUAACUACAUGCAUAAUAUGUAUUAUGUAGCAUAUAGAAACCAAGCAUCACCCCCUUGAAAUUAUUCGAAAGAACCCCAAAACAGACAGACAAACAUUUUUAAUUGUAAUUUUAAAUUGUAUAUUUAUUCAUUUAUAUUGUAUAUUUAAUGCUAUGCUACUCUUAUACAUAUUUUUUUGUGCAUGC